AUGCGACUGGCUUGCAGGGUGGUGGUGUUGGUGUUGGUGCUCCGCAGGGCGUCCAUGCUGUUGGCCCUUGCUCUGGGUCUCACGACAGCAAGUUCGAGGAAGGAGUCGUCAUCCGAAGUCACAGCCCGAAAACUAAGACAUCACGAAAGAUUACUCAGCGGGCUUUUGGCUUCUCUUGAACCCGAUCACUCUAUCGACAACUACUUCGUUUUGCAAUCCCCAGAGGCCCGGCGCAACCGAGCUACCGAGUUCGAAUAUCUGGUGCAGCGCACCGCCAUCUCCGCCACCAUGAGCGUCGUUUACGAACCCCGCAACUUCAUCCAUGAUGAUGGUGGAUAUCCUCCCAUGGAUGACCAUCACGAUCCUUCCCCGGACGCGGACCGGUUUACCGAUGCCACCGAUGCCGUCGUCAACGAAUUGGCGACCACAGUCGCAACAUUCACCGCUCCCCACUCGCAGUUCGUGGAUGCGACCGAGCCCCGGCUGGAUCUGCCCGUUGGCGCUCCCCCCGCUACAACGACGACAGUUGUCAAGGAAGACUCACCUACAGCGACAACACCUCAGCGCAUCAAGGCGAUCCCCAAGCCGGAUCGGGAAGUGACAAGGAAUGUGGAGGGCAGGUAUAUUUGUACUUGGCCCGGCUGCGCCGAAGAGCCAAAAGAGUUCGUUCGCAAAUGCGAAUGGAAUAAACACAUGGACAAACAUGAUCGGCCUUACAAAUGCGCCGCAUCAGGAUGCGAGAAGCUCCCCGGCUUCACAUAUUCCGGCGGCCUACUGCGACAUGAGCGCGAGGUCCACGGCAAGCACGGCGGGCCCAAGAACUCGUUUUACUGCCCGCACCCCAACUGCAAGCGCCAUUCGGGCAAGGGCUUCUCGCGCCAAGAGAACCUCAACGAGCACAUGCGCCGCGUGCACACGCAAAACGGGACCGCGCUCAACGGCGCCGAGGGCGAGACGGACGAUGGCGCAAGCGACCACGCGCUCGCAGCCGGCCAGAAGCGCAAGCGUGACGACCGGGCCAACGAUGCCGACAUGCGCGAGGAAAUCAAGCGCGUGCGGCAGGAGAACGAGGAGCUGCGGCGCCAAGUGCAGGCGCAAACCCAGCAGACGGUGAUCAUGAUGCAAAAAAUCGCACACCUCCAGCGAGCUCUGGAGACGCAGAUGCCCACUGCGGUGCCCACCGCGCCGAUGGCGACCGCGACGAUGAUUUAG